AUGGGAAGAAUCACAGGACUUGUUGGGAACCAGUUUAAUCUGGGCUUUGCUAACGUCAGUGAUGUGCCCUGGGCAUACUGCCUCAUGGGAGGAAUAAGAAGGAAGGCCCCUCACAUUAGGGAGGAGCAGGAUUUUGCUGAGGCCCUGGUGUACCAGCGGCGGGAGGAGGUGGCUCUCCUGGCUCUCCUAAAUGGAAAGGCAGACACAGAGGCGGAAGCUUGGGCCAAGCUGCAGAAGAUAACCCUGACGUCCCCAUGGGCUGGAGAGCGCUCCCUGAAAGAUAUUGAGAACACCUGGCACAAGUGGGAGUCCAAGGACAAGCAGGUGAGCAAAAUUCUGGGAGCGGCGUACAAGCCCAAGGAGCGGUUGCGGAGUCCCGGGCUCCUGUCCACCAGUGUGCAGUACGGCCUGAUGAAGCACCAGAUCUCACCUCAGAUCUACCAAAACCUGUACUUCAAUGAACUGGCACCCACCCACCAGCCUGACUUCAUGAUGCCUAAGGUCAUAGACCAGCAUGGCCGGCUGAUCCGCCUGGUGACCCACAAUGUCUCGAAGGACCUGCAUCCUAGCAAGGAGACGGCCAGCAUGCACACUAACAUCUCCUCCUUCUCUUCCUUGUUCUCAUCAGUCUCAGGCUCUGGGUUCCUGACCAGCAGGUUCACCCCUCCGGGGCUCCAGUCCUCCUCUGCCUCGCAGCGGCCCUAGUCAGCCUCCAUGGCCCAGUCGGCUCACUCAGUCCUGUCCCAGGCAUCCAGGCACACCCUGCAGAGAGUGGCAAUGCCCACGCUGGUCGCCUCCUCCCUGAAGCAGGUCUCCCAGCCUCUGAAGGACGCCCCUCUGUGCUCUGUGAAGAAGGGCUUUCACGUCAGGUGCUGAGUAGCUCAGCCUUGUCUGCUGUCCUCUGGCAGGACAACC